CGUUGCCGAAUGCGCAGGCUAAAAAGAAUUCGCGCGCAUGCGUCAAUAAAAGCGCGGGAAAAUAUUUAGCUUAUCCAAUUUCAACGUGUUAAUUAUUAUUAUGGUUUACUGUUAUUUUAGAAUGAAUAACAUAUAUAAUAUUUGUUCGUGUAUGUGGUUAUGAAAUUGAUUUCUUCACGCUAAUAUAAAAUAAAAGUUGCAGGGCAAUGUUGUUGGACCCAAGGCGCAUUGUUGGGCGGGUUUUCCCCAUAUUUCGUUGGUCGAGACGAUAUGAUACAAGGACUGGAUUUUUGGAUUUGAUUGCUGGUAUAACAGUAGCCCUUACGUUAAUCCCGCAGUCCAUAGCUUACGCUUCUCUUGCAGGAUUCGAACCACAGUAUGGUCUGUACGCGUCAUUCGUUGGGGGCUUUGUCUAUGCUGUAAUGGGCAAUUGCCCACAAAUAAAUAUCGGACCAACUGCUUUACUCUCUCUCCUCACAUUCACAUACACGAAUGGCACAAACUAUGACUAUGGAGUAUUGCUUUGUUUCGUUGGUGGUAUUAUCCAACUUAUCGCUGGCAUCGUCCAACUUGGUUUCCUCGUAGAGUUUGUAUCAUUACCAGUUGUAUCUGGUUUUACGUCAGCUGCUGCGAUUACUAUAGCGACUUCUCAGAUCAAGGGUCUCUUAGGUCUUAAAUUUAACGCUGAAACUUUCAUAUCAACAUGGCGUCAAGUGAUCUACAAUAUAGGAAGUACGAGGCUUGAAGACACUGUCCUUGGAUUAUCUUGCUGCAUUGUUCUAAUGGGAAUGAAGGCUCUAAAGGAUAUACGUUUGAAAAACUCAAAAGAUGAGAAGGGUGGACGCAUACUUCUACUACAGCGCAGCCUUUGGUUCGCGGGCAUUUCGCGGAACGCCAUUAUCGUCGUGAUCGCAUCUGUUGUGGCCUUCCUCGUUCAUGAAGAUAAAGAUAAUCCUUUGAUACUAACUGGUAACAUAACACCAGGAUUGCCCAUGCCGCAGCUUCCCCCAUUCUACACUAUGAUUGGAAAUACGACAAUUUCCGCGGGAGAGAUGUUAUCACAUCUUGGAUCUGGACUUCUGGUGGUUCCACUCGUUGGUAUCAUAUCAAAUGUUGCAAUUGCGAAAGCUUUCACAAAAGACAGGACUUUGGACGCCACUCAAGAAAUAGUCGCUUUGGGCGCUUGCAACAUUAUUGGCGCUUUCUUUCGCUCCUUACCAGUGAACGGAUCGUUCAGCAGAAGCGCUGUCAGCGACGCGUCGGGAGUUAAAACUCCUGCUGCUGGAUUUUAUACUGGUAUUAUAGUACUCCUGACGCUGGGCUUGCUGACGCCUUACUUCUACUUCAUACCUCGCGCGGCGCUUUCCGCCGUCAUCGUGUGCGCUGUACUAAACAUGGUGGACAUCGCCAUACUCAAGAGACUAUGGCAAAGUAACAGACUCGACUUAAUCCCGUUGUUGGGCACAUUUGUGUUUUGUCUCGCGCUGGGAGUAGAAGUGGGGCUGGGCUGUGGUGUCGUCAUAGACAUCUUGCUGCUACUAUACUAUCAGUCUCGCCCGAGGCUGGAUAUAAAAUAUGUGAAUGAAAGUAGGUAUCCUCCACAUUAUUCAAUACAACCAAUUGGUGGAUUACACUUCGCGAGCGCUGAAAAACUUCGAACCAAAAUUGUGUCGCUAAAAAAUAAAAACAAUUUAGUUACAUUAGAUAGUCUCACAGUGAUACCGAAUGGGGUGGUAAUGAACGGUGUAGCGGAACAUAGAUCGGGAUCAAACGUGCUCGUGGUGCAUUGUGACGCGAUAUGCAGAUUGGAUUAUACAUUUCUACAGAGUCUCAAGAUGCUUGUGCAGGAGUGGUCGCAUAAUGGCCGAGUAGUAUGGUGUGACGCAAGCCCCUUGAUCAAGGAGCAACUCAACACUGUCAUACAAGAGCCCUUAUACUGUCAUACCGAGGAACUUGGAGUAUUUUUAAUAGAAAUAACAAUGGCAACGCUAACGGGUAAUACCAGUGAUACCAGACUUUAGAGUUGAAUUAAUUUUUCAUGUUAUUAUAAUGUUGGUUUACCUACAUUUUUUUGUUUCCAGUAUUAUUUAACAUUAUUUGUUUUUUAAUACUGCAUUUGUAAAGAGCGAGAUUUUUUUGCUAUCUACUAUUAAAUUAUUAAAACGAAAAUUGUUUCCUUAACGAUUUUUAACUAUCUAUAAAUAACAAUUUUUUUUGUUUCAUAGUACCUAUAAUGUUUUACUCAUCCUAAAAUAUCAACCACAUAUGUUUUUAAUAGUGGGAAGUGAUUCUACAUGUAUUUCUCUCACUAUUUCUCUUUCAAUGAAACAUGGUAUAUAGAGGUAUUUUUAAUUUGUCGCGAAAGUUUAAAAUUAAUAAUAAUAUUUCUUCUAUAUUUAUAAAUAUAACUUCAGUACUAAUUAAGCCAGAAAGAAAGCAAAGGCCGGAUAACUGUUUACAUAAAAAAGUAUGAAUAAAAGUAAGAUAAGAGUGUUAAAAGAAUACCAAUCAUCCUAUAAUUAAUUUAGU